AUGAAGGCAACUCCGUUAAUCAUAAACUGGCAUCACGAUAACAACAACCCCUACCCAAUCUACUCGGCCCAUUUCGAACCCAAUGGCAAAGGCCGAUUGGCGACGGGCGCCGGAGACAACAAUGUUCGGAUAGAAGAGGAUGGCGCCGAACAAAAGGUCGACUACAUAGCGACGCUCGCGAAACACACCCAGGCAGUAAAUGUCGUUCGCUGGGCUCCUAAGGGCGAGGUCCUCGCAUCCGCUGGCGAUGAUGGGAACGUGAUCUUAUGGGUCCGGUCCGACACCCACCACCCGACGUUUGGCUCAGAGGGCCUCGACGACAAGGAGACAUGGCGGACAAAGCAUAUGUGUCGGUCGCUUGGGACGGAAAUCUAUGACCUUGCAUGGUCGCCAGAUGCGUCGUUCUUCAUCAUUGGAAGCAUGGACAACGUGGCGCGGAUCUACAACGCAGGGACAGGGACUCUUGUCCGUCAGAUUGCCGAACACAGCCAUUAUGUCCAGGGCGUCGCGUGGGACCCGUUGAACGAGUACAUCGCCACACAAUCAUCGGACCGUUCCGUGCACAUCUAUUCCUUGAGGACGAAGGACGGACAGUACACCCUCCACAACCACGACGACAAACCCUCAAAGCUCGCGAGCCAUGCCAAGACCGACCUACCCCCCCGGCGGAUCUCCUCCAGCAGUCCGGCACCGCCCGAUAUAGGUUACCGGUCGGUCCUCGCGGCGAUCGAUGCCGUGCCGGGGGUCGCAAUUGGCUCGCCUGUCCCCUCCGCCCCGGGGACUCCGACGUCGGUUGCACUACCGAUGAACCCUCCGAGCGUGAUCACCCACAGCCGGAGGACGUCAUUCUCGUCAUCUAGGCGUUCCGUUUCGCCCGCCCCGUCGAUGCCUCUGCCGGCUGUGAUGCCGAUCGAAGCCUCCCCAAAGCCGCACCUCAACGGCAUGGGUCUGGGCAUGAAAAAUGCCAGCCUCUACGCCAACGAGACCCUCACUUCGUUUUUCCGGAGAUUGACAUUUACUCCCGAUGGAAGUCUUCUUCUCACCCCCGCCGGGCAGUACCAGACCCAGCACCAAAUGGAGGGCUCGAAGCCCACGUAUGAGGUCAUCAACACCGUUUACAUAUACACUCGUGGUGGUAUCAACAAGCCUCCGAUCGCGCAUUUACCGGGCCACAAGAAGCCCUCUGUUGCUGUGCGUUGCUCACCAAUUGUCUAUACCCUAAGACAGUCCCCUCCCGUCACCAAAAACAUCACUAUCGAUAGCUCCUCUGCCGAGGAGCCCAUUCCGUCCCUCCCGGAGCCCCUGGCCAAGCCUUCACCGGCCCCAUCAGUCAUGGAGCCACCGCCGCCGCCGGCAUUGGUAGAGGCUUCAACUUCUUCGAAGACUCUGAGCUUGGAAACCAGUGUACAAGGUCAGGGGCCAAAGUCCGUGUUCGCGUUGCCGUAUCGGAUGGUGUACGCCGUGGCAACCCAGGAUUCGGUCUUGCUGUAUGAUACGCAGCAACAUACGCCUAUUUGUGUGGUGAGCAAUCUGCAUUGCGCCACGUUCACAGAUCUGACAUGGUCGAGUGACGGGUUGACGCUGCUUAUAUCAUCCUCGGAUGGGUUCUGUUCGACCCUGUCGUUCGCCCCCGGCGAACUUGGCACCGUCUAUACCGGAGAUCUUGGGCCUCCUAAGCCCUCUGUCGCCACUGCGUCCAACCAGAACACACCCGUGCCUACCCCGACGUCAGUAUUUGCCCCGCCCUCGCCGUUCCCGAACGGGUCCCAUCAUAGACACUGGGACUCGGUCAGCUCGCUCACGGCACCGUCGCCGCCGACGGUAACGGCUUCUUUUGUCAAUCCGCGCGCGGGGUCGCCAGCACGGUCCAGCUCGAACUCGUCUGUAUCAGCUUCGCAGACAGGCGUUCUUACCAACCCGCCCUUGAUAUCGGGACAGGUGCCCAGCAUAGCAGCCACAAACUCGAGCAAGGUUGUCGGCCUCCCCAUCACGACGCCGCCCGAGACUCCCCGGGCUUCGUUUACCGCGCCCACGGGCACUAAGCGGGAGACCGAGGAUGAGGCGGAUGAACCUUCGGGUAACAAUUCGAAGCGGAGACGGAUUGCGCCCACGCUCGUCAGUGGAGGGCCGCAGCCUAGUAACAAAAACGAGGAGUCCAGCACAUGA